UAGACGUCCACAUACCCACGAUGCCACACCCACGACUGCGUGUUGCUGUCUGCGGAGGCGGCAUAGGCGGACUCGUCCUCGCCGUCGCCUUAUCGCAAGCCCAAGACAUCGACAUCGACGUGUAUGAAGCGGCGCGCGAGUUCGCAGAAGUCGGAGCCGGCGUAGGGGUGUGGCCGCGUCCGUGGAAGAUCCUGAAGGCCUUAGGCCUUGCGCAAGACCUGGCUCAAGUCACCUUCGUCCCGCCAGAAAACGAACUGGUGGUAGCAUUAGACUUUCGCAAGGGCGACGAGCCUCACGGAGGCACCACGUUCGGGCAGAUGCUUUCGCCUGGUGGUUUGAUCAGUUUUCAUCGACCUGACUUCCAACGUAUAGUCCUCCAACAUCUCGCGAGAUCCUGUCGUCCACACACAUCGAAACGCCUCGUCUCUUACACACAGCCAUCAUCUGCCUCGGAGCCGAUACAACUGUUCUUCCAGGACGGGACGACGGCCACCUGCGAUCUUCUGGUUGGAGCGGACGGGGUCAAGUCAAGGGUACGGGCGUGCAUGAUCAAGGAGGUUGCGGACGACCUUCGGGCCCGGGGAGAUUCGAUCACUGCCUCCAAGGUAAUGCAGAGUGCCGCGCCCGUGUGGAGCGGGAUGAUGUCCUACCGGACAACCGCGCCUUCUGAAGCGUUGCAGAAGCGAUACCCAAAUCACAGACUUUUGAAGGAGCCACAUGUCUUUUUUGGCAAAAACACCCAGAUGACCGCCUAUCCCAUCGCGCGGGGAACCCUCGUGAACGCCGCUGCCUUCACCGUACGGUGGGACCUCGAGAACACGUAUCUGGAUGCGCCGUGGGUCGUCGACGCACCCCGAAGCGAGUUUUCGCAGGAGUUCGCCGAUUGGGAGCCGGAAGUGCAGGCGCUUUUUGACUGCGUCAAGUCGACCAGCCGCUGGGCCGUACACACGGUCAUCCCCCUGCGUAGCUUCGUGCAUCGGCGGGUGAUCCUGAUUGGCGACGCGGCGAGCGCGAUGCUGCCCUUCCAAGGCUCAGGCGCUGGGCAGGCCAUCGAGGACGCGUACAUCCUGUCAGCCUUGCUUACUCACCCGUCAACGACCGUCCACUCCCUCGAGCGCGCCGCCAAGAUAUACGACGCCAUCCGCCGGCCCGCCGCACAGCGCGUCGCGGUGCUCUCGCGUGAGGCCGCCCUGUUGUACACGUUCAACUAUCCCGGCCUGACGCUCGACCGCGAUGGCUGCCGAGAGGAGCAGCUGCAGAAGAUCUACAAACGGAUAGUGAACAACUGGGCAUGGGCGUGGGAAACGACCGCGCAGCCUGAUCUAGAGAGGGCGAUCGCGAUGUUAGAAGGCCGCAUGCAGUAGACACGCGCACCGCCGCGAAGUUAGUGUUUGGUAUAAUGUCCGUCACGAUCUCGGCCACGAUCUCAGUCAUGUUCUCUUCGUGUAGUAGCUUUGCCCUUUUUCCCCGGCCCUUACUUAGGCUUGUAUACUUCAAUGGAUACCCCCGUCUUCCGCACGU